UCUCCAGAAUAGUGUAUAUUUCCACAUUUUUAUUAAGCUCAGAGAAGCUUCAAGGUCUGCCUUUUGUAGUUACUUUACUACCCACAAACAAUCCAAUUCCCCCCAAAUUUUGCUGAAUCAUGGUGGUGCUUCGGCUUCAGCUUCAUCUCCAACAACACCCACCAAUUGGUGGUGGUGUCUCUCAUCACUACCCAUAUGCAAUUCCACCACCAAUUCAUAAACGAAAGAACCAAUCCUUCCAAGCUCAUGCUCUUCCUUCCAGAACCCAGAGGAUAAUGGAGAGUAUUUCAGUGAGUGGGGAAGUUGGUGGGGCUGGUGGGGCUUCCUCAUAUGAUGCUUUGAAGAGAUUGGACCAACUAUGGUCUGCUAUAUGCUCUUCUCAAACAGCUGUGCAAGAACCCCAGAAAGUAGUUUCAAGUCUUCCCGGUUUGUUUAGCCAAUCUGAUCUGUCCGGUAAAGCAGUAGAAACAUUUGAUGUGUUAGUUUGUGGAGGUACUUUGGGUAUCUUCAUUGCCACAGCAUUGAGUUUUAAAGGUCUUCGCGUUGGCCUUGUGGAAAGGAGUAUUCUAAAAGGGAGGGAGCAAGAAUGGAACAUAUCAAGGAAAGAGCUCUCAGAACUUGUAGAAUUUGGAAUUAUGGCGGAAGAUGAUAUUGAACAAGCUACAGCUGCAGUAUUUAAUCCCCGUAUUGCCAAAACAUCCCUAAAAGCCAUUUGCAGAUGCCUGUCUGAGUACCCAUCAUUCCUUUUUGCCUUCACAAACAGAUGUGGAUUUGAGGGCAAGGGUGAGAUUUGGGUUGAAGACAUUCUUAAUCUUGGUGUUUCGCCUGCAAAGCUUAUAGAGGUCAUGAAAAAACGUUUUGAUUCCCUUGGUGGAAUCAUCUUUGAGGGUUGCAGUGUGUCUAGCAUAUGCAUAUACAAGGAUGCAGCAGUCUUGCAACUAGCAGACGGGAAGAUUUUAUCAUCACGUCUCAUAAUUGAUGCAAUGGGGAAUUUUUCCCCAGUGGUUAAACAGAUAAGAGAUGGAAGGAAGCCAGAUGGCGUUUGCCUUGUUGUUGGUUCUUGUUGUCGUGGGUUCAAGGAUAACUCUACGAGUGAUGUCAUAUUUAGUAGUUCGGAAGUGAAGAAAGUUGGAGAAUCAGAAGUACAAUAUUUUUGGGAGGCAUUCCCUGCUGGUUCGGGUCCCAUGGAUAGAACUACUUAUAUGUUCACUUAUGUUGAUCCCCAACCAGGAUGCCCAAAAUUGGAAGAAUUACUAGAAGACUAUUGGGAUCUAAUGCCUAAUUAUCAGGGAGUCUCUCUUGAUGAUUUGGAGAUUUUGAGAGUUAUAUUUGGAAUCUUUCCUACAUAUCGUGACAGUCCAUUGCCAGCAGCUUUUGAUCGUGUUUUACAGUUUGGUGAUGCUAGUGGCAUACAAUCACCAGUUUCCUUUGGUGGUUUUGGGAGCUUGACUAGGCACCUUGGGAGAUUAUCAGCUGGUAUAUAUGAAGCAAUUAAUGGCGAUUUACUGGACUCUCACAACUUGUCUCUUCUGAAUCCGUACAUGCCCAAUUUAAGUGCAUCCUGGUUGUUUCAAAGAGCAAUGUCGGCAAAGAAACAGUCUAAUGUUUCACCAGAUUUCAUCAAUGAGCUUCUUUAUGUUAAUUUCCAGAGUAUGCAGAGGCUAGGGGAUCCAGUACUAAGACCAUUUCUUCAGGAUGUUAUACAGUUUGGGCCUCUUGUGAAGACAUUAGGCCUAGUGAUGAUAACUAAGCCUUUAAUUAUGCCAUCAAUAUUCAAGCAGGUUGGUGUUCCGGUGCUCCUCAACUGGUCUGGACACUUUUUCAUGUUGGGUUACUAUACAUUUCUUUCUACCUUUGUUGACCCCGCAAUUAGGCCAUUGGUAAAUGCUUUUCCACCGAAAAUGAAGUACAAAUGGAAGCGGCAACUUGAGGCUUGGCAAUAUGGAGCCGGUUUAGACUACAAAAUGAGUCAACCUAACAUAUCCAAGGUUGGGAGAGGAAUGAGCAUUGAGCACUAAUGGGGACACUUGGGAAGAGAGUAAGAGUCUUUCGUGACCUUGCAAAUAUUGUUUAUUUUCCAGUUUGUGCCUAACUCUUCAUAAAUUGGAUCGAAAGGUGGUUAUUUUUAAAUUUUGGUACUGUGGGAUAAAGCCGAUCCCCCAUUGGAGGUGAGAUCUUCAGGCUACACGAUCGCCGCGGACCCCCAAAUAGCGGGACAUGUCCACUUUAGUUCUUAAUUAACAUUGAAUAAAAACUUUGUGUAUUGUAAUAUGUGAACCUCAAAACACAUGGUUACAAUUUUUUACAUUAUACACAGUUACAGAUUAUUACCUGUUUAACAUAAUGCAAACUCAAUUUCCUAAUCA